AUGAAUUAGCUAAUGAAUUAAGAUAAUCAAAGGCAAAUUAACAAUGAUCAACCAAAUACUUAUACUGUCAAUAUUAGCGUAAAUACACCUUAAUCAACUUUCACUAUAUCAGUAGCUAUCGACCCAAACAUUCAUUUUAAUUAAUUUAUAGAAGGAAUCAAAGAAUAAAUAUUUGCUCAAAAAAUGUAAGCACAAUAUGAAGAUACUAUUGAAUAUCAAAUGGGGAAUGGAUCACUUCUUUUGUCAAACGAAACGAGAACCUUAUAGAACUUGGGGUUUACUAAUAAUUGCUUAUUACAUGUUAGACUUAAGCUCAAAGGAGGAAGAUGA